ACUGAAGGUGCCACAAAUAGACAGUAAAGUGUCUAUAAAUGUACAAUCAGAGAACAUGAUUGUUUUAAUUGCCAUUCUUCCAGUAUGACUUAGACUUUUUUCAAGGGAUACUGUUUAAAACAGUAUUUAAAAAUAGUUACAUUUUAUAUUUCCAAAAAGGAAAAAUAAAAUAAAAUCACUUCAGAGUGUCUGUGCAACUGUAGCCAUGUUAAAAUGCAAGCUUUGUAUGAAGCUUUGAGCUGCAGUUAAUGGGGAGGGGGCUGCCAGUACCAGAAUUGGCCCGCCAGUCAGUUCUGCUCUAAACCAGGUCUGAUCCAUGACUGAGUACUACGAGGAGGGGGGGCUGCUGUACGAGCAAUCACCUCCCAUGCACAUCAAAGUGGAGUCCCCGGAGGGAGCCUUUGGAGGGGCAGCCUCAGAGAACGGCUUCCCCAGGGAGGAUGAAGACUCGGAGAACAGCUGUGACCAGACCAGCGCCUUACCUGGAGGACUUCCCUUCAACGUGGUAGUGGUGCAUCCCAACAUUAUGGCCCCCGGCAUGUCAUCAGAUGACCUUUUGACCAUUGAGCAAAACAGAGCCAUGUCGGCGGCGCUGGCCGCUGGCGGAGCAGGUAAAAGGAAGAGUCGUUUCAGCGGGGCGGAGCUGGAGGUGCUGGUGUCAGAAGUCACCCGGUGCGAGGGCGAACUCUUUGGUCCCGCCGGGCGACUCCGGCGGAGAGAGAGAGAGCGCAUAUGGGCGGGGAUCCUGGAGAGGGUCAACGCCGUGUCCCGAGUGCCGCGCACGCUUCGAGAAGUCAAGAAGCGCUGGGACGACCUGAAGCGGCGCAACGGAGGCAGGCUGGCAGAUGCCCGCCACCGCAGCUGCUACCUGCCGUCCAGCAGGGCGGCGUCGAUGCUCGGGCGCUCCUCUCAGCCGAGUCCGAGGCUCCAGCAGCAGAGACAGAAGCAAAGCAGCAGACCAAAGCCUAUUUUCCCCUGCUUCCCGGACUCUGACCCAGGUGUAGGAGUGGAUGGAUCAGACAGGGAUGCUUUGGAGAAAGAGGAGGACAUUUCUGAGCGUGAGAGAGACAUGGGGGAGCCUGAGUGUGAGGCAGUGGAAAACAGCAUAGAUGACAAACUGGGAUUGGGUCUGGGUCUGGGAAUCGGACCCCCUCCUACGUCAGAACGAUGGCUGCCUCCUUCUCCUCUCUACAGCGCUCCUUUCUUGAACGGCAGCCCCCAGCCCAGCAGUCCCCAGCCGUCACUCGGGACGCAGCAGGGUCCUCUUGAAGCCCCGCCCCGCAGCUCGUGGCUCGAAGAUGAGCUCCGAGGCUUAGGGGAGGCUGCGAUUCAGCUGGGGAAUCGGGUGGAGAAGAGCCUGCGGGAGUUCGGGGAAAGCUUCAGACAGGACAUGAGAACCCUCGUCGCUUCACAAGAGGCACUAGCAGUCAGUCUGCAGCAAAACAAUGUCCUCUUGCAAAGGCUUCUGGGAGUGCUGGAAGCCCAGCAGCAACCGCAGCCCCAGCAGCAUCGAGGACAACAAGCCCACACCUCACAAAUGCCUCAGCAACAGCAGCACUUACAGCCACAGCAGCUACAGCACAUAGAGCAACAGCAUCUGCAGCAGACGCAGCAGCAUCACAUGCACCUACAACAGCAGCCGCAGGUAACCCAGCACUCUAAUAAUCAGCCAGCGGUAGCAUCAGCACCAUCAUCCCCAGAAAUACACGGCACUUUUCCCCCUGACCCCGCCGCAGACACAAGCGGAAACCUGCACCGGCCGCGACGAGGGAGAGCUCUUGACCACAGGCGCAGGAGACGGCGCUGAGAAUGUAUUUAAAAAAAAAAGAAAACUGUCAAUGUUUGAAAAUGUGAUGCUCUUUUUACUUGCAGUAUUUCUGUAAAAAAUGCUAGUUAUAUAUCCUGUUUCUCAUCUCACUCCAUAUCCGUAAGCCAUUGUGUACUUAGGUCUGUUUUACAGAAAGGACUGAAGCAGUUUGUUGAAGUAGACUCACGUUAAUAGGGUGGCCUUUACAUUACCCUUGGUACCACAAAAAUGUGUGCAUAAAUCUGUGGUAAGAAAAUAUUUAAACAAAGUGAUGGAUUCACUUUACAAACUUUUCUAAGAGAAAAAAACAGGAUUACUAUGGUCUCUGAUGCUCAGUUCGCAUGUUUCUCUGCAAAGUUCAGUGAUGCACUUACAGAUUCAAUCCUGACUCGGUUUUCCUAACUAACUUACAUCAUCAUCAUCAUAAAGUACUUGUGAUCUGCACUUGUUUCCAUUAAUUGUAGUUUUGCAGUUUUUGUAAGUACCUUCUAAUGUAUGCUUGUGCUUUUUUGGAUUUUCUGCUCCCUCACUGAAAGGAAACAAAGUUAGGGAAAAUAAGAAAAUCACAUUGAACCAGAAUGGUGGCACUUCUAUUCAGGGCAUUUGGUCGCCACUAGGCAUGGGCUGGAAUGAGGCACUCGUUUCAUGAUAAGCUUCAGUGAAAAUAUCAAGUUUCAGAGUAUUAACAUGAAAAUUUAAAGGAAAUAUAUGAAACCUAGUUCAAUUUGAGCUUUUAGUUAAACAAGCUGUCAGCUGAAGUUUUACCUUAAUGAGAACAAAACAUAGCACUUUUUUAGUUUCCACACCAUGACAAUCCAUGUUUUUUUGUAACCAAAAAUAUUUUCCAAUAGGCAGGUUUCUAUGUUAUAAACAACUUUUCUUUAGGUGGUGACAGGCCUAUGUUUGUACAGCACUUUAUCAAGUCUGAGGACUCCAAAGCGCUUUACACUAGAAUCCGUUUUUCACACAAUGAUGGCACCACCGUCAGCAGCCAAGCCAGGUGAAAUGUCUUGCGGAAGGACUCGACGACAGAGACAGACGGGGCGUCAACCCACUGGGUACGGGACGGACUUCCACCCCUGAGCCACUGUUGUCUUUCUUUAAGUUUACAGCAAUAGGUCGGGGAGGGUCUCCCUUUCGCCUCCAAUCAGUAGUUUUUUUUCUGGCACUGUGUGUAAAAGAGUUUUCAAACUGACUUUUCAAAACCCGGGUUCACUUGGCAGCAGAAUCAGGGCCUCUACCAACUAGUUUAUGUAAACUAUGAU